UACACAAUUUUUUUAUUCACUGAAUAUGGGACUUAAUAUUGACAAUUAAAUAUUUAAGUUUUAUACAACGUACUUUUAAAUAUUUUGUGUGUAAAAUAAUACAUAAAAUAAAAACCUAUUAUAAAUGGCAAACUCUUACGACAUACCGAGCUGGGCUGGAAAACCACCAACGGGUCUACAUUUGGAUGUAUUAAAAGAAGAUAAGUUGGUGCAAAAACUUAUGGUUGAUGAAAAGAAGUGUUAUUUGUUUGGUCGCAAUAAUCAGAUGAAUGAUUUUUGUAUUGAUCAUGCAUCGUGUUCCAGAGUUCACGCUGCGUUUGUCUACCACAAGCAUUUGCAUAAGGCGUUUUUAGUAGAUUUGGGUUCAACACAUCGUUUCGAUAAUCAUUCGAUUGUAAUGGAUGCAACGUCUAAUGGUCCACAGAAAAAGAAAUACGCAAAGGAAGCCUGGCCAGGUCGCAAGCCAAUGUUAGGCCAACUUUAA